AUGAUCGUCACAUACCUCCUCCUCGCCGCCAUCCCGGCCAGUCUGUUCAGCGCCGCGACAGCCCAUCCUCCCGCCGCGCUCCCCGCGUCUCUAGACACCCGAGCGCCGCAGAAGCAGGUCUCCCCCGACGGGACCUGCGGCGCGCAACCGGGAGGCGAGUACUUCUGCCCCUUCGACCAGCGGUGCUGCUCCGGCCACGGCUACUGCGGCUCGGGCGACGACUACUGCCUGACGUCGCUCGGCUGCCAGCCCGACUACGCCGCGCCGGGGAGCAACGCCUGCUACGCGCCCAGGGACGGCGUGACCGUCUCGCCGGACAACACGUGCGGCAAGACGGGAGACGGGGUCUACGGCUACCGGUGCCCGGCUGACUCGUUGAUCUGCUGCUCGCAGUAUUUGCAGUCAUCCCAAAUCCGUGAAGGAUGUGCUUUCGUUAGCACAUAUGUUCACAAGUCAGCCAAGGUCGGCGCCGCGAUCGUCGGCCCCACGGAGCCCAGCGCGAAUCCCGUCACACCCCCGAAUCUCCAUCGAGAACUGGCGUCACCCGGCUGGCCCGCCCGUGGAGGAUAUUGCCGUUUCGCUGGCACCCAAGUGUCCAUGUCUUUUGAUAUUAGCCUUGGAGAAUUGGUAGGCGCAUACACCGACGGAAUCAUUAUACACGAUGUCUAG